AUGGGGGCUAAAGCAUCAAAGUUAUCAAAGGAUGAUCUAACUAGUUUAAGACAGUCUACAUAUUUCGAUCGUAGAGAGAUUCAACAAUGGCACAAGGGAUUCCUUAGAGAUUGUCCUGCUGGCCAGUUGACUCGUGAAGAUUUUGUCAAGACUUAUAAACAAUUCUUCCCAUUUGGGUAUCCUGAAGAUUUUGCAAACCAUGUAUUUAAUGUAUUCGAUAAAGAUAAUAAUGGUGCUAUUGAUUUUAAAGAGUUUAUCACUGUCUUGAGUGUAACGUCAAGGGGUACAUUGGAGGAAAAAUUGGUUUGGGCCUUCCAACUUUAUGAUUUGAACCAUGACGGUUAUAUUACCUACGAUGAAAUGUUGACUAUCGUCUCAAGUAUAUACAAGAUGAUGGGCUCAAUGGUUCAGUUGAGUGAAGAUGAAGCUACUCCAGACUUGAGAGUCAAAAAAAUCUUCAAGAUUAUGGAUAAAGAUGAAGACGGUUAUAUUACAUUAGAUGAGUUUAGGGAAGGUUCUAAAGUUGAUCCCUCAAUUGUAGGUGCAUUAAAUUUAUAUGAUGGAUUGGUAUAA